AUGUUUGGUGCCAAAGGCUGGAAUAGCCUUGUUUCGUGUGUGUUAGUGACAAUGUGUAUACGCUUGGCUCUUGUGGCUUCAUGUCUGGCGGAGGAAUUUCAGAUACGUCUAAACUCUCAUGCAGACUCCAGAUUGCAAUGGAAGAACUGCGGCGAGGCUAGCAACCACACUCUGCAGUGUUCCCGACUGGAUGUUCCCAUGGAUCAUUUCAGGCAACCGUCCAAAAAGACUUUCUCGAUACCCAUCAUUAGGAUGCUAGCCAAGAAUGCAUCUGCUAGUGGAGAUAGGCACAUCUUUCUAAAUCCGGGGGGACCUGGAGCCAGCGGAGUGGGCUUUCUCCGGGGAUCUGCCUCGUAUCUCAAUAGACUCAUCGGGGAAGGCUUCCACUUACUGAGCUUCGAUCCUCGUGGUGUAAGUGGAUCGAUACCGCAAGCCGUUUGCUACUCAAGCAAUGCCCAACGUGCUGCCGCGUUUGCCAGCAGCCCUUGGGACUUGGAGUUCCAAGCCGGUGAGAUGUACACUAGGGCCGAGAACAAAGCAAAGGCCUCGUCUGAUAUGAACUCAAUCCUCGACGCGAUCGGGCAGCAGAAGAUGUAUUACUGGGGGCUUAGUUAUGGAACCACACUCGGUCAGACAUAUGCGCAGAUGUUCCCAGAGCGGGUCUCUCGACUAGUACUGGACGGCGUCAGUAAUCUGGAUCAAUGGUACAAUUCCUUUUCCUUGGAAGAGUCGUUAAUGGACACGGACAAGGUCUUUACCGGCUUUGUCGAAGAAUGUUUCAAGGCCAGAGAAGCGUGUCCGUUGAACGCAAUCAAGGGGGAGUAUUUUCAUUCCAGUACCCAACUCCAGUCCUAUAUCGAGGGCUUUUUGCGCGAGUUAGAAGAAGAGCCAAUUCCCGUUUACGUGAACAGCACUCAUUACGGAGCCAUUACCCGACGAAGUCUAGUGAUCAACGGGAUAUUCUUCACCCUAUACAAACCGAAGACUUGGCCUCUCCUUGCAAAGAACCUGGCUGAGCUGCUAAACGGCAACACGACCCCUGCUUACAACGCAUACUCCGAAUCAUGGAUUCUGAGGUUUCUUCUGGAUGACUCAACUACCUUCAUUGGUUUGAAUGAUAACCGGAAAACGGGCCAGGAGGCCCCAGUUCAUGGUAUUAAGCCGGUCUACAAUCAUACUGUCUCCCGACCGGAAAUGUCGUUUUUGGUAUCGAAGUAUCAAGGGUCUGAUAUUUACGAUCGGGCCUCAUGGUCGAUUCCGACAACCCAUGGCUUCCACCCUCGGUACCAUCCUGAAUUCCCCCGCACACAAACGGCCGAGCCGAUACUUGUACUAUCGACUACUUGGGAUCCUGUGUGUCCAUUAGUAUCUGCAAGGAAGGCUCAGAAUAGCUUUGAAGGCGCUCGACUCAUAGAGCAGAUAUCGUAUGGCCAUUGCAGUCUCAGCAUGCCUUCACUCUGUACUGUGAAACACUUGAGGCAAUAUUUCAAUGAGGGAAUACUCCCCGAAGCCGGAACCAUGUGUGGCAUUGAUGCUGAGUAUUUCCCAACCCCUCGCGGAUCUGGGGUGACUACCCUGAGUAUUGAAGAGGAGGAUUUGCUCAACAGCCUUCAUGCAUUGGCAACUAAAGAUGUCUUACUCGUUAGAGGCCAAAUGUGA